AUGCAUUGUGGCAUAUCGUUCUCACUGCCUUUCACACCAGACCCUGUAUAUUGGGAAUGUGGACGGGUAACCAAAGAUGAUUGUGAAGUGGGACUUUUACUGGAAAGUGACAGCGAACAGAUACCACUGUUGCAUGGUAGCUACAGUACGUGUCACAACUGCUUAACAAAGCGUUACGCAAAUCCAGUGGCAGUUCAGGUAACACCACAUUCAAGGACCGGGCGAAAGGAAACAUUCAAGGGAAUGUCUACGCAAGCAGCGCACAGUACUCACAUCACUGUCGAUGAUGAAAAUCUGUAUCUGUGGGGAUAUAAAACAAAUAAAAUAAAAACGGCAUUAACGUGGAUAAUUACAGUACUUACUUUGGGCACAUUUCGUUUAUUACUGUACUGGUACCCGAGGUGGUGGGUAAAAUGCACUGCUUCAGGAUGUUCUCUCAGUACAGCAGACUGCCUUUUGAUUCAGAAUGCGAAUAUGGAUGUUGCCUUUCGCCCGGUACUUUGUAUAGUUAGUGAUAGUGUUGUGCAAAUGGGUUUGCCUGUAAGCGGUUUUCGAAUGGUUGAUGUAAGCACGUUGAGAUAUUUCACUUUUAAAAAACUUACCCAUCUUUGGUAUCCUGACGAGAACCGAUUCAUUUCGACUGAUUCACUAGAUGUUGAUAUUGACUUUCACCGCUUUCACGUUUUGGCAGAAAAAGGUCUAAGUAGCGAUGAUAUUGCUAAACGUUUGGCAGUUUAUGGAAAGAAUAUAAUUGACAUAAACCUCAAGCCACUGCAUGUUCUCCUAUUCCGUGAAGUUUUAUCUCCUUUCUAUAUAUUCCAGUUGUUUAGCGUUGCGGUUUGGUUUUCGGAUCAUUAUGAGAUAUAUGCGAGCGUUAUUGUUGCCAUGUCUUUGUUUUCCAUAGCGAUGGAUUUAUAUCAAACCAGAAAGCAAGAAAGGAAGUUACGAAGUAUGGUUCAUUCUUCGGCUUUCGUACAGGUACUUAGAAAUGGUGAAAAUCCAAUGAAAAUAAGUAGCGAAGAAUUGUUACCUGGUGACGUCAUUUUAAUUCCUCCCAAUGGAUGUAAUAUGCAAUGUGAUGCUGUACUCAUUAAUGGCACAGUAAUUGUAAAUGAAUCAAUGUUGACGGGAGAAUCGGUUCCUGUAACUAAGGCCGCCUUACCAGAUACUGAUGACGAAUCCUCAGUUUUCUCGUUAAAGAAACAUUCCAGGCAUACAUUGUUUUGUGGUACCCAAGUACUCCAGACACGUUAUUAUGCGGGGAAAAGUGUGAAGGCAGUGGUUCUUCGAACUGCUUAUACAACGUUGAAAGGUCAACUAGUACGCUCAAUAAUGUAUCCAAAGCCUGUAGACUUGCGUUUUACAAGCGAUCUUUUCAAAUUUAUUGGUUUUCUCGGAUGUAUUGCCUUUUGUGGCUUUUCAUAUACCAUUGUGACUAUGAUUCUUCGGGGUACAGAUGUAAGGGCAGUUAUCGUACGUGCACUGGAUAUUAUCACUGUAGUUAUACCUCCUGCUUUACCUGCUGCGAUGAGUGUUGGAAUAUUGGCAUCACAGAUGCGUCUCCAUCGAAAAGAUAUUUAUUGUAUUGCUCCUUCAACCAUUAAUACUUGUGGUGCGAUUAAUGUUGUUUGUUUCGACAAAACGGGAACUUUAACCGAGGAUGGUUUGGAUUUUCAUUCCGUUUGUCCCGUUGUGCAAAGCAACAAUAAGGAACCAUUGUUUCGGCAUGAGUUUCCGUCAUUGAAUGUCAAAGAGAUGUGGAACUACCGCAAACUUGUCGAAGCAGUAUCUACAUGCCACAGUUUGACAUGCAUAAACGGUCUUCUCUGUGGUGAUCCGCUUGAUUUGAUUCUCUUUAAAAACACUACUUGGACACUGGAUGAAACCAUGAAUUCAAGGAUUGAAGAAACCGCUCGAUUUGACAUCUUGGCUCCACCGGUUGUGCGGAGUGUUCCGGGUGCAUGUGGCUGCGAUCGUGAAAUAGAACUUGCUAUUUUGAGGCAGUUUACUUUUAGUUCUUCAUUACAACGGAUGUCCGUCAUUGUGCAUGAUCCAGAGGACGAGUCACAUGAUAUGACUUUGUAUUGCAAAGGUGCUCCGGAAAUGAUAGCUUCACUUUGUCAACCGUCUAGUAUUCCUGCCAACUAUAGCAAUGUCGUGAAUGACUACGCACAACAUGGGUAUCGAUUGAUUGCAGUUGCCUAUAAAAAGUUGCAUAUCAGCUUCCCUAAAUCGCAGAGGGUGAACAGAGAACAAGUGGAAAAUGACUUGACAUUGCUGGGUCUAGUGACAAUGGAAAAUCGAUUGAAGGCUCAGACAGUAGGUGUUAUUCAUCAGCUGAAUAAAGCUCAUAUUCGGACUGUCAUGGUCACUGGCGAUAACAUACUCACAGCGCUUAGUGUUGCUCGUGAAUGUGGGAUUAUACAGCCUGUAAAGAAAGCGUAUAUUGUCGAAUGUGGUAAUCGUGACUCACCAAACUCGAGAAUCCCUCUCUUGCUGAAACAGGCUGCUUCUUCGUCGGAAGAUCUUCUGGAUGAUUCCUCAUCAGUUUAUGACAUGGAAUCGAGAAGUUUUAUAGAUCCUGCAUAUCAACUUUCAGUAUCUGGUCCAACAUUUGAAGUUAUUUCUCGUGAAUACCCUGAGUUGCUGCUUAAAUUUGUAACUGUUUGUGAUGUUUUUGCACGAAUGUCACCUGAACAGAAACAGAUGGUAGUAAACAAACUUCAAGAAGUUGAAUACACCGUGGCAAUGUGUGGUGAUGGUGCCAACGACUGUGCUGCUUUGAAAGCAGCUCACGCUGGUAUAUCGUUGUCUGAAGCAGAAGCUUCAAUUGCAGCUCCAUUCACUUCGCGCAUACCUGAUAUUCGUUGCGUUCCGAUGAUUAUUCGUGAAGGCCGAGCUGCUCUGGUAACUUCGUUUGGAAUUUUCAAAUAUAUGGCAAGCUACUCUUUAACUCAGUUUAUUUCGGUCGUUUUGCUUUAUUGGCUUGCUACAAAUCUUACAGAUUUUCAGUUUCUUUUUAUCGAUUUAUUCCUGGUGACAACAGUGGCUGCAUGUUUCGGAUACACUCCACCAUGUCAGAAGCUUGCCGCUUUUCCACCACCAACGAAAUUACUUUCUUUUGCAUCACUACUUUCAAUCGUGGGGCAGCUGUUAAUUGUUUUCGUUUUUCAGUUGUCUGUUUUCAUAUAUACUUCAGCGCAGCCGUGGUUUGUGCCUUACUCAACUCCAUUUGGAAUUUCUGUUGAAGAUAAAAGAAGUAUGCAGGGAACUGCUGUGUUUUGUUUGUCCUGUUUCCAAUAUUUAACUUUGGCAGUCAUUUAUAGCAGAGGACCUCCAUAUCGUAAAACGAUUUUUAGUAACACUUCUCUUUGUACCUGCCUUGUGAUAUUAAUUUCUAUCUGUGUGUGGCUCACGAUUAAUCCACCGUAUUUUGUGGCCAGACAUAUGCAAUACGACCCACUUCCAGAGCUUGGUUAUCGGAUUUUUAUACUUGUUGUUGCUUUCAACUACAUUUUAUGCGCCUACUUGUAUGAAACAGGAGUUAUCGAGUACCUGAUUCUUACUCUCCGUGAAAAGUGGCGUAAGAAGCACUCUGUUGAGACAGAUGCAGAUAUGCUGAACAAGAAUGAAAAAAUCUUGCUUUCGAUUAGCAGCAGUCCAAAUUGGAUUCCAAGUGCAGCUGAAGAAUCUAGUGAUCAUUUCGGAUUAUACUCAUUCUCAAAUUCUUCACACAUUAAGUGUUGCUGA